UAACUUGUUUGGAAUGGCGCGGAGUUUCUGCAGUGCGAAACUGAAUACAAGUUUACCAGAGGGUAUUCGAGAAUUUUUUGACGAUCCUGCAAACUACGGGAAAGAUGAGCUCGAUGAAAAGAAGAAACCCGGGCGGUCUUGGAGUACCGAUGAAUUGAGGCUGAAAUCCAAUUCCGAUCUCCAUAAACUGUGCAUGCGCAAUCUAGAAGCGGUAGUUCAUGAAAGAAAUGAUGCGUAUUUUCGACUUGAAACAGGUGAUGGCGCUGAUCCGCCAAUGCGCACUGUAACAACAUUUGCUGGCUUCACUUACCAGUGAGU